UCUGUGUAUAGUCUAUGGUGAUUAAUCGAAUACGGACGUAUAGUGUCUUGCCGUGGUUGCAUCGAAAUCUCUGAAAAUAAUAUUCGUGGUUUGGUUUAUUUUCUGCGAGGGAAAUCGUACUCUCUGUUGACGCAUAGUCAGAUAACUAACAAAUAUGUCUCACACUAUUCUAUUGGUACAACCUGGCCCCAUGCCACACACAAGGACGUACUCCGAUUAUGAAAGCGUCAAUGAAUGUAUGGAAGGAGUCUGCAAAAUCUACGAGGAACAUCUCAAGAAGCGAAAUCCCAAUACACCUACAAUAACCUACGACAUAAGUCAAUUAUUCGACUUCGUGGACCGAUUGACCGACUUGUCUUGUUUGGUCUAUCAGAAAUCGACGAACACCUACGCUCCUUACAAUAAGGAUUGGAUCAAAGAAAAGAUAUACGACCUUCUUAGACGAGCAGCUUCUGGGAGAAAUGAACUAUCUCAAGAUAAAUAAAUCACCCAUCGCAAGAUGAGUUAACAUUAAGUACACUACUGUUUAUAAUAUUAACAAAUAAGAGAGGAGUUCAAUAUUUUUCUUCAACUUGGCCCUCCACUUUAAUUUACACAUAACAUAUGCUUCUUUAACGCCAUGGAUAAUAACUCUAAUCGUAAGAUUGCCUCCUAAAAAUUCUAUCGCCCGAUACGAGAAGGUUUGCAGUCGAGUAAAUUUUUUUCUUUCCAAACGGACUUACCUACAACAAAGAUCUUCAAAAAUCACUUCCUUAGCAUAAAACAAUAAUUUUCUUUUAGACUUUCAAUGUCUUACAAAAUCGGGAAUUCUCAUUUGAACGAUUAUGGGCAUUCAAUUUUGAAACCAAAUUUAGUUUAAUAUUAAAUUAACUGUUUUCCUAGAUUGUUUCACUCACUAUUGCAUAGUUGCUACGCUACAUUAGCAAUAAGAGAUCACUCUUUAUUUGUAUUUACGUACGACAUAUUGGUAAUAUAAUGUAAGAAAAAAAACAUUGUGUAACAAUUAUGCCUUCGUUCGAUAAACAAAAUGGUGUUUUUUUAGAACGAUCAUAUAUACAGAGAUGAGAUGGGAGAUUGCUCACGGGCAGGGUCGCGCGAUUGUGUCCCGUGCUGCACCCUGUGUGUUGAGGCGGGCGGCUAACGUACACUACUGGACAUGAAUGCUUUCUGAUCACACCUUAGCGGCACCAUGUCUGUAGGGAAAGCAUUCAUGUCCCCCCCCAGUGUACUUGCCACCUGUUACACCUCAGUGGCAGCGCAACUCAUUUCGACCAUAAAUGAGUUACCCUUAUAUAUCGCGCUCCAGCUCCCGGAUUGGGCGAUAAUUGUUUUAUAAACAUAAAAGAUUUAUAUUCACCUAAUAAGUCUUGAGACGACUACACUACGAUCUACGGGGAUUCUACGAAGAGCUAUCAAUAAUACAUACCGAGUACACUCACCGUGUACGUUAAAAAUAAUAGACUAUAUUCAUAUAAUCUUUUUGUUCAUACAUAUUUUGGCCUCUAUAAUCGUGCGUAAGUAACAUCAUUGAACUGUGACAGUAAUCGUUAAUGAUAAAUAAACUAUAACAUUUAUAACAUCGGUGAAAACAGAGGCGCGCCUCGCAGUAUCGAUUCAUUGUCUCGAUUACUCUUUUGGCGAAAUUCCGACGAUUUGACUCUCCGUCGCGGAAAUUCUAGCUGCGGAGGAAACGUUGCGGGAUCGAGCAACGAAACGCGAGACCGACUCAUCUCUUGAUCGGGUUUACACGAAGGAAUACGUCUCCGAUGCACUGUCAAUGUUACGCAAUUGACAGCGACACUCGGAUCACAGACUGACCUUUGGCAGAUAAUUAAUUCACCGGUUAAAAUUUUAGCUUAGACGCAGGCUUUCUUACAACCAUCAGAUUCCAGUAACGAUGGAAAUUCAGGUCCACUUAAAAUCAGGAUAAGAGAGUAAAAAUCCUGAAACCAGGGACUCUCCUUAUUGUAAAGUAUACCCUUUCCUAUGGCUAUUAUUUAACAAGUGUUUGACACUUCUUAGCUGUUCUAAUGUAACAUUUCAGCUGCUUAUUCGUGAGAGAAAUGGAUAACGAGUACCUAUGGAGAGAGCAGCACAGAUCUACUCCUUAUCGUUACGAAACAAUUAUUCCUUCCUGCCACUGCAAAUAAGAGUUUAUAAGGUAUAUCUUUUGUUUAACUUCUUGAUACGAAGCACAAGUGAGAUAUGUAUGUAAAGAAAAGAAGAGAAGCGGUUAUAUUAAUUAAAACGAGUGCCAGAAUGCAAUCAAGGGUGAUGUACAUUAGACUUUCAACGAACGUGGCAUAUAUCCGUUUAAAAGAGUGACCAUUCGAUGCCUUAUAAACCAACAUUAACCGCAUUACAAUGUAAUGACACCCAACCGCACUCUUGUGCAACAAUAAUUAAUCCGAAGUCUCACCCUAACAUUUAUUGAUCUUCCCUUCGAGUGUGAAUCAUCGGUGUACUUUUAUUUAUAAUAUACUUCCCUUAUCUACACGAGCAAAUCGAAUAGAGAUUCUUUGUGUCUAGCUCUAGGUAUCAGGUAAAUAUCUUUACAGUAAUCCGUAAAGCUAAGCGAUUUACGCGUCAAUUUAAAAUUACAAAUAUGAACCUAGGUGCACCGUAUAUGUAAGUCAGAGGUGUCGCGACGAUACACGUCCAAAGUGAUCUUAUGUUAUCGAGUUACAAUAUCGCUUUGAAAAAAUUAACGUUACACGUGAAUACAAAUUGUACCGUUUGUACUGAACACAUCUUCUAGAAACGAAGGAGUCCUCUCACGACGAACACACAGAGUGAGCUUAACAGUCCGAUCAGAGUGCUAAUGUAAAAUUAGCAUUACAGAGUCAUAUUCGUAUAGUCGACCUUCCUUUACAAUUAACCUACAAACACAUGCGAAGAGAAGUGCGUGUACCAUGAAGUAGCAUAAGAAACUCCCACCCUAUGGGCUUAUUGGAAAAUUCUAACCUUGUUUCCUCGCCAAGUUAAUCGAUGGCUAACUUACGAGUUACUUUUAUAUGACAGUGGGAGUUUAUUAUAAUACUUCACGGCGUGUACCCAUACUUUGGUUCCUUGUUACAUCACAUAGUAUUCGGGGAUCCUUCAUUGACUUGUCUAUUUAUUUAUUUUUUUCUUUGUAAUCAGUUUAUCACUUUACGUCAAUUUUCCACCUGUAGACGAAUCGAAUGCGCAAACUCCGCGAGCAAUCGUAUGUAGAGUACUAAAUGCGAUAUAUCACGUCAAAAAGGAUGACAAAUUGAGAUUUUUCAAUGAAUGAGAAUUUUUCGAACACUAGUGGCACUUGUCGUGUAUGUUGUACAAGUUAUGUUGAUCAACGAGGAUCGUUGGCAAGUCAGUUAACCUCUUUUCGACCGGCACUCAAUUUCUCACCCUCCCACCUCUCUUUACUUCCGUUAUCCGUAACCCUCCGCCUUUACAAUUUAAAUUUCGAACAGCUUAAAAAUAGUGAUAAUAUAGUUGUAAAAAAAUGUACACUCAACUAGACCACCGUUUGGUACAAACUUUACAGGUUUAAAAUACAGCCUUCUCGCGACGGUCCCCCGCAAAGAUUCGUAUAUAAAAGUUCUUUGUAGCGGGCCUCAGCACUCACAAUUUCCCCUAAACAUUUGUUUUCUGUACAUCGGUGUGCAAAGAGAUCCUCAUCCACAGUAACAUAGCCCAACGCAUUCGUUUUCCCUCGAUCGAAUUAAAACACACUGUAUCAUAACCUAGUAAAGUGGUACGAAAGUAGCAUCUAAGGAGUCCGUCAUUUGCACAAAUUUUCUGCAAGCCAGGUGUACCAAAUCGUUUGAAAUUUUACCACUUGAAUGUGUAGGCUCUAAGGAAGGUCCCAACACCCAUGAAAUUGCAUGAUUUAUAUGAAUUAAAAAACUGAUUAAAUAAAUUAACACCCCUUAGAUGCUACCUUCACAUCCCUUUAACUGCGAUGAGUUGAUCCGUCAUUUGAACGACUAACUAUCGUUAACUCGUCUUUCUAAAUGUAUGAUUCACCCAGGGUACAUAUUUUGUUCGAAAAUGUCCCAGGCAAUGAGUUAACCGUGUCCAUUGACAUGCAUACAAAUUUUUAAACACUCUCACGAUAAGCUGCCCCCCCUUUUUUGUCUAUUCUCCAUUUUAAAGUGUCAAUGUCGCACUAGAGCACCUCGCCGAGACUUUCUAUCAUCGAAAGCUUUCAAGUUUACCUCCUAACGCGCUUGCCUGAUUAUUGUAUAUAAUUAUAUAUAAUUAAUUAAAGUGCGCCGUGCUUUCAGCACGAAUCGCAAACCCCUGUAACGAACUGAGUUCCAAAUGCGUUAAAAUUUACGUUAGACUAAUUGCACGUCAAAAGAUGCGUUUAGAAGUGAUUAUUCCCUAAGUGGACUAACUAAGGAGCCUCGCUAACGAACUCACGAAAAUAUCCACAGUCUGGAUAUAAAUAUAAAUACUUUUAUAUAAAUUCAACAUCAUAGCGUGGUAUAUAUGUAUACAUAUAUAUAUAAUAUAUAUAUAAUUUGUAUAGUAGACAUAGGAAUUAAUUAUAACUAAAUUAGUUAGACUAUCGAUAAGAGACCAGCACUGAUUGUACACCACGUAACGUCAAUUUAAAGCAAGCAAAGGCAUUUGGCAAAUUAAACAAACGGCAUUAUAAUUUAUAGCCUCGUGUAAUAGUAACUUAAUGGUACAAAAAAAUAUCGAUUCGCUGGAUUAAUUUAUCUUGAAUGAGGUUACUUAAGGAAAAUUUCUCUCUAUUAAACACAUAUAUAGUCAUUAAGAUCUACGAUGGACCUUAAUGUAUGACUAUAAUUAAAUUAAUUUCGGUGUUUGCUAAGGAAAAAUGUUCGUCAAGUUAUCUCGUCCAGGUAUAAUGAGCAUUAAUUCAAUGUGAAUAAAGAUCUUAUUAAAACA